GGCCCCUCUGUCUAUUUUAAAAGGCCGCUCCGGAAAGCUUGCUUUCUCAGUUCACCUUACAGCAAAAGAUCAAAGGCGAAAUUCUCUUAAGCAACCAAAGAUGUCUAGGGUUUUAAAAGGUUUCAGGGCGCUGUUAGCUUUCCCAGCGGCGGCGGGGUUUUCGUCAGCAGCAGCCAAGUUUUAUACUUCUGCUUCUGCUGCUGCUGGCGCUGCUGCGAAAUCCGCUCCUUCAAAGUUGGCUCAGAAAACUCCAAAAAAGUCGACCACUUCAAAACCCAAGACUGCAAAACCAGCUGCUCCUCGAACCAUGACUCGACCCUCUGGGAUUUUUAAAGUUACUCCUGUUUCUCCCGCUUUGGGUCGGUUCCUUGGAGCCGAACAGGUUUCCCGUACUGAAGCUGUUAAGCAGAUCUGGACCUAUAUCAAAUCCAACAACCUCCAGAAUCCCAACAACAAGAGGGAGAUCUUUUGUGAUGCAAAGCUUAAGACCAUUUUCGAUGGAAAAGAAAAGAUUGGUUUCCUGGAGAUUGGAAAAAUGUUAUCCCACCACUUUGUGAAGACUACCUGACCUCUAUUGUUGUAUUUGGACUUGUGCUACCCAACCAAUGUCGAGCUAGCUCUUCUUGUCAUUCUGAUCUGAAUUCUUUUCAAUGUAUGUUCAUGUUUUGCAUGUCGUUUUGAGAGCUGAACUCUUUGGGGGUGGUCUGGCAACUGAGAAUGUUUCUAGCUUGGACUUGUGUAAAAAUUUAGUAGGGACUUGAGACCGAAAAAGCUGCAUUUUAAUUUUACUUUGUAUGGCAACUGGAUCUGUAAUCAACCAGUAGUUUAAUCAUUCAACUAUGUGGAAAUCAUUGUUGACUUUAACAUUCAAAGUUUACCCUUGUAUAAGCUGGCUCGUUGAUGGGUGAGGCAAGCGGUAUCAUUGUGAGCUCAGUGACUUCCCAUGCAAUGAGCCGUGCUCUAGCAUAUUGCUUAAUUUGAGGUUCAAAUUAAUAUAGGAUGCAUGCAGGUUCUUGAAUUUCACGUCCAUCCCGGUUAGGUUAGUUAAGUUUUCAGUUAGAAAGGCUUCUUAAA